GCUUUGUGCAAACAGUCUGCAGUCCAUUUUCGCCUCCUCGAACGAUUCAAGCGCUUCAGCUACUGGUUUAGCUUCCUCUUAUACCCGCCGUUGUAAUAUCCGCUCAGUGGAACACCAAUUAUACUGACACAGGCUUUUACCACCACAACCUAUUAUGACGCCGACUUGCCCGUCCGAUAACACUAUAGACGUGGACCAAUCCAGCUUCUGGAGCUCUGGCAAUCUGAACUGGGACGAACAUCGAAUAGGAUGGGCGAUUGCGGGAGGAUGUGCUAUGCUAACAGUUCUUAUUUCAAUGGUUUCGGUCCUGGGGCAUUGUCGAAAUUAUACCAAACCCAGCGAGCAGCGUCAAAUUCUGCGAAUCCUGUACAUGCCACCAGUAUACGCUGUUAUUUCAUUCUUUUCCUACCGAUAUUUCCGGAGUUACACAUACUACUCGCUCAUCGAAACCGCAUACGAGGCUAUCACCUUGAGUGCAUUCCUACUCCUUUUGAUCGAAUUCGUGGCAGACACGGCCGCAGGUCGCGAUGCCACAAAGGCAAUUGAACGAAAGGGUAAAAGGAGUUUACCGAUUCCUUUCUGCUGUUGGAAAUAUCGACCAACAAAGCCUUACUUCAUGUACACCGUCAAGUGGUCAGUUUUACAAUACGUUAUCUUCCGACCAGCUGUAUCUAUCGCUGGAAUCGUCUGUGAAGUAUACAACGUGCUUUGCGAGUCUGGCCCUUACAGCAUAUAUUUUGCCAAUGUCUAUCUCGAGGCCAUUGAUUUCGUCAGUAUCAGUGUGGCACUCUAUGGUCUUUUGCUGUUUUAUGGACUCACCAAAGAGGAAUUGGUUGGGCGACGACCAAUGGCUAAAUUUCUCUCCAUCAAGCUCAUCGUGAUGUUCACUUUUUAUCAGUCCUUUGUCUUUAGCGCACUGGAAGGCCGUGUCAUCAAAGCUACCGAAUACUGGACUGCGGCCAAUAUCGCAGAUGGUCUUAAUGCGCUGGCCAUUUGCAUUGAGAUGGUUUUCUUCUCGGUACUGAUGAUGUGGGCAUACACAGUCAAUGAAUACAAAGCGGCAGAAGACAAGAAGACAAGCAUAUGGCGUCCAUUAUGGGACAGCGUCAAUUACUGGGAUUUUAUCACAGAGAUAGGAGGCUCAUUCAAGUUCUUCUUUAACUACACCCGUGGCGCCUCGUCAACUCACUCAAGUAGGAAGAUGAAUUUUGCACAGGCAUUUGGGGUCGGCGGUAGGUCAGUGAAAGAUGGUGAUAAGUCACUCACCGAGGAAUCAAUAAGGCUAGCUCCAUAUCCCUACAGUGACCCCCACAACGCCAACAGCGCCAGUCCCGUGUUGUCAUAAUCAGGUCAAACCAGUGUUACAUAUCAAGGACAUCUUCAUUAUCUAUCUCACUUUACUUGCUUGCUUUUAUAUAUCCACACUCUUUACCUGCGUAUAACUGUGUUAUCGACCUUUAAUACGUCUGACUACGCGACACCACAGAAGUUCGGCAGUGCCGAACAUGUCUGCAUGUAUAACAUUGUACUAUACCAUUUUGUACAUAGAACGCGAUGAGUAUAACGUGCCAGCUUUUAUAAUUAUAUUUACAAGAUAUCUC